CCAGUGGAGUGCGGGCGGGGACUAUGUGUGCUGACCCCCCCCCCAGCCCAACCCCACCCCCGCACCACGACCCGACCCCAGCCCCCAGCGAGCCCGAGGCACUCGGGACGGUCAGCGCGCGGCAUGGCCAAAGUGAACAGCGGUUCCUCCGGCUGCCGGGCCGUGGUCCUGGCGGGGAAGUACCUGUCGAGUCCGUCCCCGCCGCUGCUGACCCAGAGCAGCGGCCUGCUGCAGCGGAGGAUGCUCGGAGCGCACCGCCGCACGGCGGGCUCCGACGCGGCCGGCGCGCGAGGAAAGGCCGCGGCUCUGGCCCUGCAGGAGCAGCCGGGCUACUUCUCCGCGGCGGAGCGGCACGCGCUGCCGAACCGGACCCUGAUUUACCGGGACGUGAAGGCCUUCCUCAGCGAGGUCGGCGGAGACCCGCGGGAGGCUCGCUACUGGCUCACUCAGUUCCAGAGGGCCACGUCGGCCCAGGCCCCUGCCUUCGCUGUACUGGAGGUGGAAGGCUCGGUGUUCGAGAGCAGGGAGAUGGUGCAGAGCCUGGCCUUUGGGCUCUCCUUCCUGCAGCGGAUGGACAUGAAGCCAGUGGUAGUGAUGGGCUGGUCUGAGCACGAGGAGAUGGGGCCCGCCGAACCGGUCGCCAGCUCCUGGUGCAGCCGAGGGCUGGUGGAGCGCUGCCAGCAGCUGACCGAGGCCCUGCAGCAGCACUCGGCCACCGUCCUGCCCUUCUUCUCCGCAGAGGCCUUCCUCCUGCUGCAGGAAGCACCGCGAGGAAGCAGUGCUCCACACUACGUUGCUGUGGACACCAGCCUCCUCCAGUGGAGUCUGGACUGUGGGACAAUCCCACUGAUUUGCCCGGUGGGGAGGGAUGGCCAGGGUUGCUCUGUGACGUUGGACGCGACAGAGGUGACGGCGGCCGUUUCCCGAGCCCUGCAGCCCCACAAAGUCAUGUUCCUGAACAACUCGGGAGGCCUGCGAGUACAAGAGUGCAAGGUGCUUGGCACAGUGUCGAUGCCUGGCGACCUUCCCAGUCUGUCCACAGCAGCAUGUCUGAGCGCCGCGGAGCGCCACAGAGUGACUUCCAUAGCCCGACUGCUCAACCACCUGCCGACCGAGUCCUCCGCAGUGAUCACCUCUGCGGACACAAUGCUGACGGAGCUGUUCAGCCACCGAGGGUCGGGCACACUCUUUAAAAAUGGUGACCCCAUACACCGAUACAGCUCUCUGGAUGGGAUUGAUGUGGACCGUCUGCUGGCUCUCAUCAACAAGUCAUUCGAUAAAUCUCUGAGGCGAGACUACAUGGACUCCCUGAAAGGGCGACUGCACUCCAUCUACCUGUCUGAAGGCUACAGCGCAGCAGCCAUCAUCACCAUGGAGCCGGUGAACGGCGGCACUCCCUACCUCGAUAAGUUUGUGGUGAGCAGCAGUAAGCAGGGCCAGGGCACCAGCCACAUUCUGUGGGAGUGCAUCAGACAGGACCUCGGCAAACUGUUCUGGAGGUCUAGAGCCACCAACAAGAUCAACCCCUGGUACUUCAAACACUGUGACGGGAGCUUUGUCAACGGGGUGUGGACCGUCUUCUGGUUCGGCCUGACAGACAUCCGAGAUUCCUAUGAGCUGGUGGAGUACGCCAAGAAGCUUCCUGACUCUUUCCACAACUCCUCCUCCCUCACCGCCUCCCAGCAGCUCCCUCCACCUGCCGCCGGCUCCUGAGCCCCCACCCCCCCGCCUCCCAGCAGCUGGGCGGUGUUGGCGCUGUAGAUGUUUUAGCGCUGAGGCUCUGGAGUUUCCUUUUUGUUCAGCCCCGGCCAGCUCCGGAGCGUUCCCAUGUUUGCUCUGACUGCUCUUUCCCCAGUUCUGGUUUUUCAUUAUGCCACUCGGAACUUUCUCUACCUUGAGACGUGAGAACCAAAGCCUCUGCGUCGUGGAAAAUAGACAUAGUAGAGUAAUUUGACAAGCCGUAAAUCAUACUAGAGAUUAUACAGUCAAGACCAAAAGUAUUUAGACGGUUGCACAGUUUUUAUCCUUAGGUUCUGAGCUUCAACACAUCCAAUUUACACUCAGUCCGCUCUACAUGACAACUUCUGAUCAGACUGUGAAACAGUCUGAUCAGAAAGAAUAAGGAAAAGAUAGGAAGAAUACGGAAAAGAUACAUCAACAAAAUUAUGUUGUAGUGUACAGAAUGAUAAGAUCAUUUCACAGUCAAAUUGUACCCUCUUUAAAUUUACAGGCAAUCAAGCUUAUUGCCAUUUUCCAUACAGUCUAAAUGUCCUACUUGGAAAUAUCAGUAGAACAUAUUUUUGCAUAAGUAACCUUGGUAAGUCAUGUUCACAUAAAACAUACAAAUAAAAACAGGGUAUUCGUGGAUCCAAAAAUGUUUCAAUUUUCCUCAAAACAUUACCGGCAACCGAUGAAAGCGUUCGAUGCGUGCUCUCUUGCAUUUAAGAAUGGCAUUGACACAGUUCUGUAGGUUUAUUUGGACAUUUAAGCUCAAUAACACUGUGAAGGUGCUUGAGACGUUUCCUACAGGCUGGUUUUCACUCAGCGGCUUCAGUUACCUGCUGGUUCUCUACAUCUGUUUACCCUCACGGCGGAGGUCAGGUCCGUUUUGGUUCCGACCUGUUGUUGCAGCCCUCGGAUCAGGCAGCGUUCACACGGGCUGAUUGAGCUGAUCACUGACGAUCGUGUUUACAGAGUCGACUUAAGCUCUUUCUAAACUGGACUCUAGGAGUCUUUUGGCUUGUGUGGCGUGUCCCCCUGCGAGAGCAGGACACCACUAUACAGCUGGUGAAGAGAUAAACGAAUGAAAAGGAGAAAUGUGUUCACACUUAAGGCUUGUUCUUCUUUGUGCUAGUGAGAAAGCAGCAAAGAAUGGUUGUUGAGACUGUUUGGAGACAUCGGUGACAAUAAUAAACCUGGAAUCUACAAACCAAA